AUGCAACCGGUGCCUGGAUACGGCACGCCAUUCCCUCAAGGAGAGGCAGAUCGGAUGAAACAGGCUGGAGGUCUGAGACCCAAGGGCGUUAGUGAAGACAAAGUAACCACGGUCUUCGUCGGCGGUUUGCGGAAAAGCACUAGUGAAGACAAGGUAGCUGCCCAUUUCGCGAAGUACGGCCAGGUGGACAGCGUUGACAUAAAGCGCCUGCCAGAUGGCACGUCGCGUGGGUUCGCGUUUGUCAAGUUCACAGACAAGGAGUCAGUUGACAAAGCCGUGGAAGCGAAAGCCAACCAUAUGAUUGACAACAAGUGGGUCGCAGUUCGCCCUCACGGAGGUUCUGCUUUUCAAGCGGCGCAGCAUGCCGAAAGAGAAAAGAUGCAAGUUGUGAGAGAGAAGGAGAAGAAGGAGGCUGAAGCACCGUUGAUGCAGGACGAUUACGAGGAAAAGUGGUCCGAGAAGUAUCUGCUGCAGGCAGCUUCACUCCGAGGGGCAGACGAGGAUGGUGAAGACGGCAAGGACAAAGAUUCUGGCCAGAUGAACCCCAUGAUGGCCAUGAUGAUGAACCCCAUGAUGGCGAUGAUGAUGAAUCCGAUGAUGCAGAUGAAUCCUAUGAUGAUGGGUGCAAGACCGAUGAUGAUGCCCGGGUGUGGCGGCUGUGGCUGUCCGGGCUGUGCCCCCGGUAUGCCCCCGGGAGCCAACGGGGCUCCAGGAGGAGCCCAGCCCUCGGAGGAUGCGGGCGCUAGCGCCGCUAGCGGGCCUGACGCAGCUCCGUCUGCCGGAGCACCCAGCACAGGGGCCCCACCGGGAGCAACUCCACCAGGUGGCUGUGGCUGCAUGCCGGGAUGCAUGCCGGCCUGCUGUGGGGGCUGCAUGCCAGGUUGUGGCGGUUGCUGUCCCUGCGGUGGCUGCAUGCCUGGCUGCAUGCCCGGCUGCAUGCCCGGCUGCAUGCCUACCAUGCCGAACAUGGCAGGCGCCCCCGCGCCCAUGACUUCUGCUGCCGACGGCGGAGGUGCAGCAGGAGCUCCUGAGCCGGAGGCCGCAGGCGGAAGUGGUCCGGUAAAAGAUGGCGGCGGUGAGAACCGAUUCCAGCCACGCAACGACAACACUGCAGUGGAAGCUCAGCAAUCAAGACGCUUUCAGACUGCAUCGCUGGUGACUGCAGCGCAAAGAAGGGGAUUUGUUGCGAUGUACACAGAUGGAAAAACGUCUGAGGUGCAAAGGGAAAGGGAUGAGGUCAUGAAGAAGAACACGUGCAAUACACUGUCAGCUUUUCCUGUGGGGUGGGGCAGAGUCCGACUUGCUCCGCAAAAGUCGGAGUGCAGCAGGUGCAGAAAAAAACAGCUUUCUGUGCCUCGCCUCAUGGCGGGUCGUGCCGUGAGGCAAGGGUACCUGUCCAAUGGCCUCUUCACCUCUUGGAUGGAGGAGCUGAGUGCGGUCGUGUAUGGAAAGAGCUCAGAGGUGCCGAAAAAGCCGUCCAGGCGCACCAGGAAGAACGUGGAAGAAACCCGGGUCGUCAUUGAAGACUUUUGCCAGGACUGUCAUGCCGCUCGUGUCGAGCCCACUCCGUCUGAGCUGGUCGCACUUUGGGAAAGGUGCAGUUCUUUCAAGUCCAGGCAUGUUGCAGCAGCCAUCGGUGAUCAGCUCAGCCUCCAAAGUGGAACAGAUUGGCAGCCGCGAUUUCGCGCCCUGUGUCUUCUGGAGCAGUGCUUCGAGGAGGACAGUGGGGCAUCUCAGCUAGUGGCCACGAAAGUCUACGAAGAUCACGAGGAGAUCUUGAAGUACUUGGCCUCGAAUGUUCAGCCGUGUGCAGAAAAGGCCAAGAAG